GCGCACGCCCCCCGGCGUCCUCGCUCCCGGGGCGUCGCCCCGCGUGCGCCGGAGUCACCGAGGCCGCCCCCAGCGCCGGAAGUGGCUCUAAAGAGUUUGCCUUCAAAUUCUUGCUUAGCUGGGCUUUCCCAGGGGGCUGGCGACGAUUGGACCCAUCGCUGCUGGGCCGGUGAGCACCGAGCAGGGUGGUUGGGGCUGUGCAGGACCCUCCUUCCUCGCCCGGAUUUCUGCUCCACCCUGCUCCUCCACCUGGCGGUGGGCGGUUUCCGAGGAGCCUCGGCCUCCCCGGGUUGUUUUUUGGUGCUCUUUUCAUAAAAAAGAACUUUCUUCUGCUUCUUGAGUAUCAUAUGAUGAUUAUAAGGCUUACAAUUUAGCAUGAGUCUUCUUAUGAUUAAUGAGAAUGUAAAAUUGGCUCGUGAAUAUGCGUUGCUGGGAAACUAUGACUCCGCAAUGGUCUAUUAUCAGGGAGUCCUUGACCAAAUGAACAAGUAUCUAUACUCAGUCAAAGAUGCAUACCUCCAGCAGAAAUGGCAACAGGUUUGGCAGGAAAUAAAUGUGGAAGCAAAACAUGUUAAAGAUAUCAUGAAAACACUAGAGAGCUUUAAAUUAGACAGCACUCCAUUGAAAGCUGCACAGCAUGAGCUUCCAGCCUCGGAGGGAGAAGUCUGGUCCUUGCCUGUACCUGUCGAACGCAGACCCUCACCAGGUCCUAGGAAACGCCAGUCUUCUCAAAACAGUGACCCUAAACCACACAGUAACCGUCCCAGUACAACUGUCAGAGUUCACCGCCCGUCGGCACACAAUCUUCACAAUGACAGGGGGAAGGCUGUUCGAUGUCGGGAAAAGAAAGAACAGAAUAAAGGAAGAGAGGAAAAGAACAAAUCGCCUGCGGCAGUUACAGAGCCAGAGACAAGUAAAUUUGAUAGUACUGGAUAUGAUAAGGACUUAGUAGAAGCUUUGGAAAGAGAUAUAAUUUCUCAGAAUCCGAACGUGCGAUGGGAUGAUAUUGCUGAUUUGAUAGAAGCUAAAAAGUUGCUUAAGGAAGCGGUGGUGUUACCGAUGUGGAUGCCAGAAUUCUUUAAGGGCAUUAGGAGACCGUGGAAAGGAGUGUUGAUGGUUGGCCCGCCUGGCACGGGAAAGACUCUCCUUGCUAAAGCAGUAGCUACAGAAUGCAAGACAACAUUCUUCAAUGUCUCUUCAUCGACUCUGACUUCUAAGUACAGAGGAGAGUCCGAGAAGCUUGUUCGUCUUCUGUUCGAAAUGGCUCGAUUUUAUUCUCCAGCCACCAUCUUCAUCGACGAGAUUGACUCCAUCUGUAGCCGCAGGGGGACCUCGGAAGAGCACGAAGCAAGCAGAAGGGUGAAGGCGGAGCUGCUGGUGCAGAUGGACGGUGUUGGAGGUGCUUCUGAAAAUGAUGACCCUUCCAAAAUGGUUAUGGUUCUGGCAGCUACUAACUUUCCCUGGGAUAUUGAUGAGGCUUUAAGGCGACGUCUUGAAAAAAGAAUCUAUAUUCCAUUGCCAUCAGCAAAAGGCAGAGAGGAGCUAUUACGAAUAAGUCUGCGUGAGCUGGAAUUGGCUGAUGAUGUUGACCUUGCGAGUAUAGCAGAAAACAUGGAAGGUUAUUCAGGUGCGGACAUUACCAACGUGUGCAGGGAUGCAUCUUUGAUGGCAAUGAGAAGGCGUAUCGAAGGUUUGACCCCAGAAGAAAUCCGAAAUCUUUCAAGAGAAGAAAUGCACAUGCCUACUACUAUGGAGGAUUUUGAAAUGGCUCUAAAAAAGGUUUCUAAGUCAGUGUCUGCUGCAGACAUCGAAAGAUAUGAAAAGUGGAUAUUAGAGUUUGGAUCAUGCUAAUUCUCACAUGUAAACUGUGAGAAGCCUGCCUUAAGUAUUUGAAUAAUAAUUAAAUGUAGCAUUUCAUUGCACUGAGUGCUAUAUUUUUUUAAACUUUCAUAAUGGUAAGAUUUUAAAAAGUAUGAUUCUCAUUAAAGGCAUUUUUUAAAGCUGCUCGCAAUUCAAUUUGUUUUACUUCAGCAUUACCUGAUUUCUUUUCACUUACCACAGAUGCUGCAACACAAAUGCUGUUACUUGGUUUGGGAAGCAGUCUUUGUAUUUAUAUGCACUUGUAUAGUGCAUCUUCCACCGUCUGUGGCUGCUUUUCCUCCUAGGAAAUAAGACUGGGUGCCAGUGGAAGCCUGGAAGCUCCUGAACGUUUCUACACCAGUAGCUCAUUGAAACAUGAAUCAUGCAAUGUGCCUUCCUACCUGCCUAGUGUUAUGGUAGCUUCCCUCCGUUCCCUGGGAGAGCUUCAAAGACCCUUCAUUUUACUGUGCAUUUAAAAAAGGAAAAUAAUAUGUAUCUGUAUAUGACCUUGCCCAACUUUUUUCUGUCUACAGACAAGAGAGAGGCUGCACUAUAGGCAAGUGGGUAUUUCUUAGCCUGUGCUGCCCUCUGUACCCUAAUGAAACCCAUUCCUUCAUGGAUGCUAGGCAUAAUCAACAGCUGCCGGUGUAAGUAAAAGUUAGUGAACGCUCCCAAAGUCGCACCGGUAUGGAGAAAAGGCAGGGCAGGAACGUGCUGACUGCAGAGCCUGUACUCUCCAGUCAGUAUGCAGCCUCCUGCACUGCUCUCCUUGCCUGCUGGAAUCUGCAAGCUUAUGCUUGAUGAAAAAGACCACCAUCAUUUGGAGUUAGAACUGGUGAUUUCUAGCAACUUAAUGAGUGAGGAAGGACAUAAAGAAAAAGUGUGACUAGGUGGGUGAUUUUAGGAUCUAAAUGGUAAAUUGUGCUUUUUAAUCUAUACUAUGGAGAUAGUACAUUUCACAGGGCUAUCACUCCUUAUUAAAAACAGCUACUCAAAAUGAAACCUCACCCCUUCACUCUGCUCCCUGCCAUCCUUCCCCCUACAUCCAGAUCUACUUAGCCUUAAUAUAAAGUGGUCUUAAAAACCAGCCAUAACUUUCUUGGACAGUGUUUAAAAUGAUGGAAUGCAAUAAUAAAUUUUAU